AUUCUGAAUGGAAUGUACAAUGGCAGUGUGACGUGAAACCCAAUUUUACUCGUAUAGUCUUAUUACAUCAAUGGUAUUUAAACUUCUACUUCAUUUUGAACUUAGUUGAAACAUUCAGCAACAGGUCAGGAUGGCCGAGUGGUCUAAGGCGCCAGACUCAAGUUCUGGUUCUCGUGAGAGAGCAAACUCUUAUCGUCUUCUCCGCAUCCCAAUGGCGGCUGGUGCUGCUCGCUCCGUUCUGGCCGCUCUCACUCGAAAUGCUCGAGUCGGAGAGAGAGGGAUCUUCAGAUCCUUCUCGUCUACAACUACCAUCGAAAUCAUCUGCGACGAUUCUCCGGACCGGGCGGUUGCGGAGAAGGAUUUAGACGGCGGAGGAGGAGAUGAGGAGGAAGAAGAAGGAGUCGACGAUUUGAAAGCUAGAAUCUUUAGGCUGAGACUGCCCAAAAGAAGCGCCACGCACGUCAUUCAGAGAUGGCUGGGCGAAGGGAGAUGUGUCACCGCCUCCGACCUCCGCCACAUCUCCAGAGAUCUCCGCCAGUCCCGCCGUUACAAGCAUGCCCUCGAGAUAUCAGAGUGGAUGGUCUCUAACAAUGAUAAUGAGAUAUUAGACACUGACUAUGCAAUUCGCAUUGACUUGAUUGCCAAAGUUUUUGGUAUCGAUGCAGCAGAGAGAUACUUCGAAGCUCUUCCACAAACUGCGAAAACCACAGAAACAUACACUGCCCUCCUCCACGCAUUUGCAAGCUCAAAACUAACCGAUAAGGCCGAGGAACUCCAUGAGAGAAUGAAGAAAGAAAACAUUUCACUCAGUACCCUCACUUACAAUGAGCUACUGACUCUUUACAUGUCUGUUGGGCAGCUAGAGAAGAUACCUCUGCUCAUCCAAGAGCUGAAAUCCCUAAAUGUUUUGCCGGAUAUAUUUACUUACAAUUUGUGGAUCAGUUCAUGUGCCGCGUCUCUCAAGAUUGACGAAGUUAGACAGAUUCUUGAUGAAAUGAACUUGGACCACGGAUCUAAUGAGUGUUGGCAGAGAUAUGCAGAUCUUGUGAACAUAUAUAUCUCAACGGGCCACCUUUUGAACUCGGAAGCCAACUCUCUGGUUGAGACCGAGAAGGGUAUUACACAAAGGGAGUGGAUAACUUACGAUUUCUUGAUCAUUCUAUAUGGGGGGCUUGGGGAUAAAAAACAACUUGACCAGGUUUGGAAAUCUUUGACGAUGACGAAACAGAAAAUGAUAAGUAGAAACUACUUGUGCAUCAUUUCAUCAUAUCUGAUGCUUGGGCACAUUAGAGAGGUGAGGGAAAUUGUGGGUCAAUGGAAGAAGUCAUGUGGCUUGGAACUUGAUAGGUCAAGCUGCAAUAGACUGGUAGAUGCAUAUUCAAAUAUUGGGCUGGAUGAGAAAGCUGAGAAUUUUCGUAACAUUAUUCUCGAGAAGUUCCCCGACAACUUGUAGCCGAAGCAUUCCUCCCCCGACCCUAGUUUUGAUUGAGCUUACCGGUAUGGUUUGGUUUUUCACGCUCGAUUUCCGUGUCUUAUAAUGACAUAACUUAGGGGGUGUUUGGCUCAUCAAAUGUAACAUUCAUUUCCUAGGUUUUAUGUAAACAAGUGAUGUAUCAGAACCUUGUUUGGUUCAUGUAAUUUUGUUCUCUUGGUACCGUAAUACUCCCUCCGUCCCUAAAAGAACUUGCGUAAAUUUUCAUCGUACAAUUUCACUAGUUUCUAAAGUGAAAUAAGUGGAAGUGUGAUUU